UAUAAUGCCAAACGUGGAAUAGCAAUAUGAAGAAAACAAACAAAAUUGGGCAUCAUUAUGUAUAAUGCCAAACGUCAAUUAGAAAAUAUGAUAGAUAAAAUUAGGUACCAUAUAUUACCAACGACUUUACUUAUCGUUUAUCGUAAAUGCGCGUGCUGUGUGUGCACGAUUUAACAAUAUUAAGAUUAAGAUUCUUAUCCUACUAUAAUUAUAAUUCUGAGGUACAAUAUUGAACGUACUCAUUGUAUUACAUUAUACAAUAUAGUAGCUGUUAAGCCAAUAAUAUCUUCUGACUUUUAUUCCCGAUGCCAAGUUGAUUUGAUAGAUUUCCUCUCAGUCUCAUCCUGAUGGGAAAUUUAAAUUCAUUAUUGUGUAUCAGGAUCAUCUCACAAAAUUUGUUGUUCUCAAACCCCCCGAAUUCAAGCAAGCCGAAGAGGUAGCCUAUAACAUUAUAGAUAUUUUCACAUUACUUGGAGCUCCUAUUAUUUCGCAAUCCGAUAAUAGACGAGAGUUUUCAAACCAAAUAGUUUCUAAUUUAAGAAACAUGUUUUUAAGAAACCCGAGUUAAUAAUAGUACAUGGCAAACCGAGACAGCCAAUCUCAAGGUAGAGUAGAACGAGCGAAUCAGGAUAUUAAGAAUAUGUUAAAACGUGGAUGCAACAUGAAAAAACCCAACACUGGAGCCAAGGACUUCGAUUCAUCCAGCUAAUGAAAAAUUAAGCCUAUCAUUCUGGCAUUAAAAUGUCUCUUUAUGAAGCUUUAUUUGGUUGCAAAAUAAAAAUUGGUUUAAACACUUCAAAUUUACCUCAUGAUGUAAUAAGUACGAUAGAUAAUGAAGAACAGUUAGCUGAGUUAAUCACAGAACAAUCACAAGAAAUUAAUUUAAACGUCGAAAAUGAUGUAUCAAACACAGAACAACCAAAAGAAGUUAAUUUAAGUGUAGAUACUGAAGUAGACACAGAACAUCUAGUAUUCACAACUAUUCGAACAACUAAAAAAUUGAAUAAAAAAAACGCCAAUGUCAUGCGAACUAGAGCUAAGGAAAAUCUUGAAAAUCAAGCGAAAAAAAUUAUGGCGUGGUCGGAUAAGAAGCUUUUGCCAGUGGAAGUUCAUUCAACUGUACGUGUUCCAGUUCCUGAGGUAGAUAAAGGACGUGGAGACGCACGAAAUAUACUUGCAAUAGUUUUAGAGGAACUCGCGAUGGAGUUCUGAAGCAGUUGUUAACCCUAGAAGUUAGUUUACAGUAUGUCAAAAAAUGCUAGGUACUACAAAUUGACGAAGUUCCAACAGACACAAAAAUGGCGUUACGAACAGUCGCAAAGAAACAAGCCAAGGAUUUUUUAAAUGCAUUUUUAAGACCAAGUGUCAAAAUAAAAAGUGCAUUUGUCUUAAAAAUAACUUUUUUGCACAUCAAAAUGUCAUUUUUCAACAACGUUGUAAUAAGUAGCUAUAAUAAUAAUAUAAUAACGUUGAAUAAUAUUUUUUACUUUGCCUAAAAGAAAUUGGCAAUUUGCA